AUGGGGAGACAUAAGAAAAACAAGAAGACAUUCAAGUAUGUGCAGACGGCUGAGGAGAAGAACGUACCCCAUAGAAAAGGAACAAAGCUCCCUGAACCGAAGCCCAAGGCAUUCGUGAUUCAAGAAAUCAAGGAAGAAGAACUUAGUGAUCACGAAUGUUACGACCAUCCUUCCACUUCGGGUAUCGGCGCUAAACUUGCCGCAAAGGAAUUUAGCUUAGAGAAGGAUCUAGAGUUCAUCAAUCGUCUCUUUGAAGGCCGUAGAUAUGAUGUGGAGGUCCAUUGCAAAAGGAACACUUUGACUUUUUUGUCGGCACAAAAAUGCCCCGACUGCCACAAAAUCAUGAAAACGGACAGUGACGGUCGUCAGGUCUUCACAUGCGCCAAGCACUGCGCUUAUGAAAGUAAGUUACUUUUUUACAAUAAAGUAAAAGCAGUGGCUAAGAUCAAACAAAGGUAGCG